GGUCCUCAAAACACUGAUUGUUGGUAAACGUUUUCAUUUGUGGCCUUCGUUCAGCCAAUAAGGACACGAGCCAGAGCGGUGUUGACCCCAGUCCCUGCUGUUUCUCGGGGUUCCAGUGUUUUUUUUCGGAGUUCCUGUGGUUGAUGUCACCCGGAAUUAUUUUGCAGCAAACUGUUCCUGUUUUGCCAUGAAGCUUUCACUGCUCGUUCUGCUUGGGCUGUGUUGGGCUGUUGAAGCUGCGCCCAGAACAAGCCAUAGUUCUAAAGGCCAGCAAAUACACCACGACCAAGGCUCGGAGAGAAAUUUUGCUCUUCCUCUCAAUGACGACACAAAGAAAGACGAACCUACUGGUAAAGAUAGCAAAGGCAAGAUUUCCCCAAAAGGUCUUCUGGGCGACAUCCUUGGCAAUGCAGACUUGAAGAGCGCAGCGGUCGAUAAGGGCAUUGAAGUGGCGGGAAAACUGAUUGACAAGCAGAUUGACACCUGGAUGAAUCAAACGGAGAAAGCUAGCAACUUUCUGAAGAAGAAGAUCAAGCUCGAUAUCAUGCCAGACAAAGGAUUCCAGACUGAAGACAUGUUUGCUCCUGCUGGAUAUCAUAUCUCUUCGGAACUGGACGGAGGAGACGAGAAGGAGAAGGGAGACUACGAACCAGCUCCCAUUCCUUAUCCUGGAGGCUUUAUAGGCAAUGCAAUCCUUAAUGGCUGCUUUGGCACUAACUACUCGCAGGGCGACCCAUGCUAUAGCCCCGCUGAGACUAAAACGCAAUGCAGGAACAUGAUUGACGGAGCAGCGUUUAUUGGUGUUGGGUUUGACGGCCGCGGUGAGUACAGCCCUGAGUCAAGGAAGAUGAGCAUCAUCCAGAGAGACUGUGCUGGGCACUCAAGUUACGACGGUUUCCAGGUGCCGGAUACGAUGAACGUGCAUGGCAUCUACGACACGUCUGCGAGCAUGUUCACCUUCUCCUCGCGCUCCGAGUAUCAGUCAUUCCUUCAGAGGGAGGCUGGGGUUUCUGGUUCAUACUUUGGCUUCUACGCUGGUGUCAAGAAGGCGUGGGGAAGCUCAACAUCGACCAACAAGCAAAUGUUCCUCUCGGUGUUUGAUAUCGACGUCAGCAGGUAUGAGAUAUUUAAGGACGAAGUAAAACCUCAGGACCUCAGUCAAGCAUUCCUGAAAGAGUUCAUCAACCUCCCACCAUCUUACUACACACCACGGGCACCGAUUGCUUAUCAGGAUUUCAUCAUGCGAUGGGGAACCCAUUACAUUAAAUCCGCUACUUUUGGGGGACAACUAGAGCUUCGCAAGUUGAUGCAAGGAUCUUCAACUGCAACUAAAACAGAGGUUGCAGAGGAAAUGGAAGUUGAAUACAAAAGUCUUUUCUGGAGCGCCGGGGCCAAGUAUGGUUCAAGGAAAGGCACAAGUCAAAGAUCGGAAACCAAGACCUCAUCGACGUCUUUGGAGGCUCAAGGUGGAAGCCAAGAAAUAGCAGCCAUUCUAUCCGAUAUGUAUUCACCAACAUUCAAAGGAGAGUUCAAGUCAUGGCUUCAAAGUAUCCCAGAUUUUCCAAAGGCCUUCAAGUUCCAGAUGGGCUCCGUGGCCGACCUGGUCAACUUCAGAUACAGUGACCUUUUCCCUGAUGACGAGAAAUCCGACAAAAAAGGAUGUGACGAUCAACAGAAUCUAAAAUAUGACGAAAUUAAGGGGAAGAAGUACUUCACAAGGAAUAUACCCAACACUGUAGAAAUUGAGCGGGUGUACUGCGUCUUCAACAGUCGAGCGCAGGUCGAACAGGCCUUGAAGGAUCGUAGACAGAGCCUGAUGAGAGCCAUAGAACAAUACAUGGAGGAGGGCCCCAUUUCUAUCUCGGAUUUUUCUCUUCCACGCGGUGGUCCUGGUUGUCAGUGGAAUUCGGACAAGGACGCCAAUGCCAAGCCAGACUGGGAAGGUGUGAAAGCAGGAACAAAAAUAGCACAAGUUAACUUCCAAAUGGAGGCUCCAUUACGCGGAAUUAUGAAGAAGAUAGUAGACGGAAAGGAUACUAUUACUGGCGGAGGUGUAGACAUACCUCAAGACAUGUCUCGACUUGUCAAGCGGAGCGGUGACCGAUGGUACACCAGCGAGGAAGGUGGGCGAUUCCACCUCUAUGACGGCUUUGCUGAAUCAGGCACAGACAAGAUAUCCAUAUUCGGGCUCAAGUUAACUUAUGACACUGCAAGUGGUGGUCUCACAUUAAAAGAUGAAGCGGACUGCGAAGCCUCGAAGAAAUACUUUCCAACAGCUUGUGAUCUUAAAGGAAAGCAGCUAGCAACUCUGACAAAGCCGGAUAAAGAGCUCUUUGAUAAAGCAGAACGUGCAGAAUUGGGGCUACAACCUUGUAAUGUCCAGUGGUCGAAUGCAAUGAGACUCGACCCGAGCAGUCAGAGAGGAAAAUGUCUGCAUUUCACAGCGGCAUCGGCAGGCACAGUUUAUGUCGUGUUCUCAGCUAUUCCUAGUGACCAAUCGACCUGGUACUACGUGGAAAUCUCACCAUUUGCUGUAGGCAUUUACAAAGCUGGCGAGCUUAAACAAUACACCAAAAUCGUUGACGCAGUUGGUCUUGGGAGUCCAGUGCUCUUCCAGUCGUACGCCGUGUGCAUCAAGCAAACAGAUAAUAGUGUUGUUAUAGAGUACGGAAAGUCUGACGGUGAAAACACCGACAUGUACCUGGUUAUGAUAGACGAUUCAAGCACUCUUGACGUUCGCUUCUACGCGUUCGGCAACGGUGACCGCAAGGCCCAGAUCGCAGAUGCACAUGUCAUCUCCCGAUUGGACACGAAGACCACUCGAGAGAACUGCAAGGGAGAAGACAUGAGAUAUGACGAGUCUGGUAUCUGCUCGCUCAAGUGUCACGACGCUUGUGAUCCACUAUACGGUUGUAGUGAUCCUGGAAAUAGUCCAAGUGAUACAAACUGUCACAAGUGUCGCUACGCUAAGAAAGCCGAAUCUAAGAGACGAAGAAGAGCUUUAAUGUACAAAAGACAAACAAACACAGGCGAUAAAAAAACAGUCGCAUGCAAACCGAGCUGUGAUUCUGGCAAGACCCCCAACAAACAGCAGAUAUGCACGGCCACAAAACAGAUGAAAGUGGUAAAAACGCCAGUGAAUGCGGCUGCAAAUGAGGUCAACAUCGGUGACGUUGAUCUUCUUAAGGACUUUACGUUCUGUAUCUGGAUGAGUGUGGAUAGUGAGGCCCCAAAAACACCUAGCCUUAAAGAUGAGGACGAGCGCCCGGCAGUCACAGUCCCUGAGGCCGAAUAUAACCUCUUUAAAUACGAGCAAAAUGGUAGAAGUCUUCUUAAGUUAACACUUAAGCGACACACCGAUGCAAGGUUCUUGAUGAGGCUAACGUCCGACGAAAAUGACAACUUUGAUUUCCCGCUCAAAUGGGGUAAUAAGGAAUGGCAUCGCUUCUGCAUCGGCCGCGAGAGCCCUUCAGGAAAAAUUUCUGCCUUUGACGACAAAGAACAACUUCCAUCUCAGAACUCUCUCAUCAAAGAAGACGACAUGGCGACCCCAGCUACUCUAAAGCUCAACUUAAAUAGCGGAAUGGCGUUUGAUGCUACAGAUAUCAACAUUUGGGAUCGCGUUCUGGACGAUGAGGACAUGAAUUUCAUGUAUGAGUCGUGCGGACAAAGAGCGGGAAAUGUAAAAGAUUGGUUUGAUAUUAUGGAAUUGAUAAAAGCUAAGAGCGACCAGCCGAGUAAGGACGUGAACCAAUACAAGCCGAUGUCAACAGCCACCGAAAACCAACCGACACGAGUUUCUAACGAUUUCGAGCCGACGCCCUCCGAAGCCUAUGAUGGAUCCGGGGAAGUGACAAAGAGAAGCGUGGAAGAAAAAGAUGGAAGCGCAAGUGGUUUCUAUGAUAAAUACCAAGAUGAUGACAACUCCGAAAACGCCUUGGAGGAUCCUCCAAACGUCUCCUUUGUGGACAACACUUGCGCGCCUUGAAAAGUGUUAGUAGAAAGUAUUAUUUGUAGGUCUCUGAGACAUAGGACAUCAUAGUUUACAAUCAAACGCACAUCCAAUAAAGUAAUCGCGUUCCUUUGAGUUAAUCGUGAAGCGAGAAUUGAAUCACUUUUAACGCUGUCUUAUUGCAAGCGAGCAUCCUCAAAGAAAUAACGGUGCAUGGUUGGUAAAAUUUAGUUGUUGAAAUAUGAUGAUCUAGAAAAUAUAAAAACCCUGUAACGAAGAGAAUAUGUCUUUGUGAAAGACAAUAAAGAUGUGAAUUAUGA